AUGGACGGCGAUGAUGAAGACGCCACCAAUGUCUCUGACCACCAUCAACAAGAAGAACAAGAACAGGAAGUCGUGGACGACGGAGAACAAGAAGUAGAGGAAGAGGAGGAAGAGGAAGAGGAAUGCAGUCUCCGACCACCGCCACGCCGCGCCUUCGCCGACGGGAAGGCCGUGCGCCGGCUCUACCGCGAGCUGGGCCGCGGUGACCUUUUCGCCGACCCGACCACCGCGCGCAGCACUAGCAACAGCAAUGGCGGCGGCGACCGCAGUGGUGCUGCAGCGCCCGGUAGGAGCGAGCUUGUGUACUGGGCGGGCCCGGGGAAGGCGCUGAAGCUGGUGCGGAUUGCGUCGCUGGUAGGACAGAGGAAGCUGCGGAAAUAUAUUAUCCUCGGCGAGAAGCCAACCUUCCCGCACCACCUCGUGACCAUCCGCCGCACCCCCGAGAGCAGCAACAUCCUCACCUCCCGCACCUCCGCCUCCGCCCAAGACGAAGACGAGCCCGAAGACCCCGCCCCGGGCUCACUAACAUACUGGGCGCUCGACGCAGCGGCGAGCACCAUCACGCCCGCGCACUCCGUCGACUACACCCAGUCCACCGCCGCCCACCUCUCAGACUACUACAUCAGCUCCACCUACACAGCAUGGGACAUUGACCGCGACCUCAUUACCCAGCUCCUCGUCUGGGAAUACUCCGUCGCCGACCCCUCCUCCCCCGACGACACAACCACCUACCAGAAGCUCGAGUUCCGCUAUGGCGCCCAGACAUGCUUCAUCGAUCACCUCUGCGGUCGCAGCAGCAGCAGCCGUGACCCACAAGUCUGCUUCGCGGGGCUCCCUGGCGACCAGCAGGGUGUCGCCGUGCGCGCCCUCUUCCCACAGACCCUCUUCUUCUACGAGCCGUUCGGCGGCACGUCGACGCUGCCCGCCGCGGCCGCGACCCCGUCGUGGAGUACGGCGCCUGAGACGCCGCCGCCGCCGAACAACCCGGCGUACCGGCAGCUGUAUCAGCCGCGGGUGACGGUCGUGUCGCUGGCCGACAUUGCGGCGCGACACUUGAAGGCGGUGCUGAAGGGGGGGACGCCUGAGUUCUCGCGCUACCACAGUGCGUUUCUGGGGGUGCGGCGGCCGGUGAGGUUUGCGGCGGGAGAGCGACAGAGGAUGGGGAGGGUGUGUACGGUUGCGUUUGGUGCGGCGGAGAGGAGGUCGCGCAUGUAUCAUUUGUUUGUGGUGGAGCUGGACCCGGCGGUGAGGGGGCAGAGGGUGAGGGCCGCAAAGGCGCUGGGCGGGGGCGCGGUGUUUGCGUGGGAGGGGAUGGGCGCGUGGUCGGAUGAGGAGCUGUUUGGGAGGGCGGUGGAGAGGGUGUUGGGGAGGGGUGGGGGCGGCGGGGGGGACCAUGUGUGUGGGGGGGAGUGUGAGGAGUGGUGUGGGGGUGCGGUGAGGGUGCUGUCGAGGUUUUGUAGGGGCGGGCCGGUGAGGAUGGUGAAGAUGGUGGAGACGGGGUGGCCUUGGCUGGCUGGGGAGUCUUUGGGAGACGUUAGGAGAGGCGGGGCUUUUGUAUAG